AUGUCCAGCUCGUAUGGUGCCUAUGACUACGGUCCGGACUAUGGCAAGUCGAUUUCAGACAAUUCUGGCUACGGCAAGGUGAACCCCAACAGCGGCAGUGGAGUGAGCAACCCCAAGUCCUCGACCAACGCCCCCGGCACGACCGCUGGCUCCGGGACGGGCGGUCCGUAUGCGAUCUGUAUCCCCACUACGGGCCAAUGCUACGCGUAUGAAGAGUUUGAGUAUGUCGACACCGGCUACCUCUUUUUCAUGUGUAUCUGGGCGGUCUUUCUCCUGGUGUUUGUUUAUUACCUUGCAAAGCGCCGUGCGAAGCUCGAGUAUGGCAUUCUGCUUCUCUUUUCGAUUGUCCAGUUUAUCGGUUUUGCGGUGGGAUCUGUCGGCAAACUGCAUGUCAUGAUGGUCAUGUACUCGGUGGCCAUGUCGAUUAUGAUGUGCCUUGUCUACCUGCUCUAUGCACGGUGGGCUCGUCUGGCCGACCAGUGCUAUGGACGCCAGAUCUUUGACCUCGGCAUGUUCCACCCCGGCUUUAUUGCCUUUUUCCUGGUGCUAACCGCUGCGACGAUCGGUGUCGAGUCGUGGCGCUACUACUACAUCUGGCCGGUGCACGUCGCGAUCUACUUUGCGAUUUGGGUGGCGAUCUUGGUCGCCAUUGCGCGCCACCGCAAGCUGAAAGGCGAGUUCAAGUACGGUACCGUGGCUACCGACCUGCUCGAAGGCCAGUUUGUCCAGGAGCGCGUGAUUGUGACGCACCCCCAGCUGGAUAUUAUGUUGACGAUUCUCGUCGUGCUCGCGUCGCUCAUGCUCCUCAAGGCCGUGUUCCUGACGGUGAUUGGGUACUCGUGGGACUACACCAAUGUCUUUUUCCAGGUGUUCUGCGUGCUCCCUGACCUCGGCCUGUGUGUCAUUCUCGCGACGUUCGGGUCGAUCGACCUGUUUGAGACGUCGCAGUACCGCUCCGGCACGUACGACAGCGACGACGACCUCCCCCUGGAUUCCGACCAGAGCUCCAAGAGGUAG